AUGGCUCAGGAAUACAAGCUCAAGGGCGUGACGUCGCUGUCACUCAAGCCCGGCCAGAAGCAGGAGGCCGAGGUUGAAGGCAUCCAGGAUGCCAAGGUCCUUCUCGUUGGCCUGCAAACCGGUGGAAAGGCACAAGUGCAAGCCAUUGGUGCCAAAUGCACCCAUUACGGCGCUCCCUUGGCUAAGGGUAUCUUGACCACUGGGGGCCGUUUGACAUGUCCCUGGCAUGGAGCUUGCUUCAGUGCCAAGACUGGUGAUGUCGAAGACGGCCCUGCUCUGGAUGCGCUUCCGGUGUUUCCUCUCACCGAGCGUGAUGGGGGGUUUUACAUUACCGGCGAGGAGGCUGCUAUCAAAGGGUCUCGAAGAAAGCCCAAUUUCCAGUGCAGUGUUUCAAGUGACUCCCAAGAGAGGGUUGUUGUCGUCGGUGGUGGCUCUGGUGCGCUUGGUGUUGUUGAAGGGCUGCGAGAGAAGGGAUACACUGGCCAUAUCACCGUCAUCUCCAAGGAGGGCUACCUCCCCAUUGAUAGACCCAAGCUGAGCAAAGCACUAAUCACAGAUUCAUCCAAGAUUGCAUGGCGCGACAAGAGCUGGUUCGACAGUGGCUCAGUGGAGUGGGUUGACGGUGAAGUCAACGGCAUCGACUUUUCUAGCCGACAAGUGAUAACUGCUAGUGGCAGCAAGCUUCCCUACACUAAGCUGGUUCUCGCAACUGGAGGAACCCCCAGGGAACUUCCUUUGCAAGGCUUCAAGGUUCUCGGCAACAUCUUCACUCUCCGCACCGUUCAUGACGCCAAGAAGAUUGUGGAUGCCAUUGGAGACAAGGGCAAGAAGAUUGUCAUCAUUGGUUCAUCGUUUAUUGGCAUGGAAAUUGCCAACGCUACCGGCGGUGACAACUCAGUGACAGUUGUGGGCAUGGAAAAAGUUCCCCUUGAGCGUGUUCUUGGCGAGCAAGUCGGUGCUGGCAUCCAGAAGGCUCUGGAAGGCAAAGGCAUCAAGUUCUACCUGAGCGCUGGCGUCGACAGGGCUGAGCCAUCAGCCUCGGAUCCGUCCAAGGUCGGUGCUGUCUACCUCAAAGAUGGCACCAAACUCGACGCAGACCUUGUCAUCUUGGGAGUAGGAGUAUCUCCUGAGACAACGUAUCUGAGGGGCAACACGGCUGUUCAGCUGGAAAAGGAUGGAUCGCUCCAGACUGACGCCAACUUUGCUGUCAAGGGACUUGCAGACGUUUACGCUGUUGGAGACAUUGCAACUUAUCCGUACCAUGGCCCAGGAGGCAAUGGAGGCUUGGUCCGAAUUGAGCACUGGAACGUUGCUCAGAAUGCCGGCCGUGCCGUCGCCACGCACAUUGUGAAUCCAUCUGCAAGCACCACGCACUUUAUCCCCGUCUUCUGGUCUGCUCUGGGGGCUCAACUGCGGUACAGCGGAAAUACCAUUGCCUCAGGAUGGGACGACGUGGUCGUGGAUGGAGACGUGGCCGCAGGAAAGUUUCUUGCAUACUAUACCAAGGGCGAAACCGUUGUGGCAGUUGCCUCCCAAGGCCGCGAUCCUAGCGUGAUGCAAGUGUCUGAGCUUUUGAGGCUAGGAAGGGCACCCACCAAGAGUCAGCUGAAGAGUGGUGUAGAUAUCUUCAGCAUCGACGUAUCGGCAUAG